GAUUCAGUGCAGCGGGCUGCAGGUGUGCAGAGCACGCCAAUCACCAUGGUGGCUGAGCAGGCGCCGGAACCCAGCUUCCCGCGAGCUGGCACAGAGAUCAUCAGCGAGGGCGACAUGCUGUCAGCACUACCUGUGCCUCGAUGCUCUUCCGAAGUCAUCAAGCCCUCGGAGCUCUUCCUUGACUUGAUGAUGCUCGACCCACUCAAAAGGGAGCUGUCCCCAGUGGCUGGCGGCAAGAGUGCAACGCCCGCCUCACCGACCAAGCCGGUCCAAAGGCCCAGUAGCCGCUCGCAGCCAAAGGUCGAUAGCCCCAAGGGGCGGCUUGUGGCAGUGCUUCCGCAGGAGGCGAAGCCCAUUAUUGACUGGGGUCAGAUGACACAGCCGCCACAGCCCGUCCAGGCUCCGGCACGGGCGCCCUCGGCAUCCAUGAAGCUUCCGAAUCCGGCUACUUCUGGUCCGCCAGGUCCGACGAUUCCGCCAACCCCCACAGGUUUCACCCCGCUGCCGGUGGAGAACUACAGGCUCACUCAGCCGAUCAACCGCUCCGUUAUCCGAUCUUCAGGUCUCAUCUCUUCUAUGCAGAGGGAAGUCUCGCCGACGGGCUCUCCCAGCAAGGUGGGAACAGUUUCUGGCUCCUACUCCUUGCAGCUGCCACCGAAGGCAUCUUACCCACAGGUGCCGCAGCCGAGCCUGCUUCAGCCGACCUUAGCAGCUGCUGCCCAGUAUGGUUCGCCCAUCCCGCUCACAGCAUUGGCCUCCUCCCUUGCAGCUGCUGACAGGCCAUGUUUCUCGCAGCCAAGUGCCCCUGGAAAGAGCGUGGCUGUGCCGCUUGGCACCCCUCGCCCCGAGAUCCCCAGAGGAGCUCAGGCGCAACCAUGUUGGCCGUCGGCACCUGCCACCCUCCCUGCGCAGUACCGCCAGAUCACGAUAGCCCCCGGGGCGCAGAAUGGUGCGCAAUUGCUUUCAGGUGCUCGUGCCUGGGUUCAGCCGGCCUCACCGACUCAAGCCUCGCGUGUGCCAAUGUGGAUGACCCACACAGCGCCGCCUGCACAAGGAGGGACGGCACAGGAGAAGGCUUUGCCUCGUGCGGUGGCUCCUGCGGGGCUUGCUGAGACCGCGGCGACUGCUGCACCAGCAGCACAACAUGAAGUUCAAACCACAACUCCGGGCCCAACGGCUCGGCUUCCUUUGUCAGUGAACGCGCGCUCGCCGGUAAGUGUCCCCAAUCAGGCUGCAGGGCCAGGGCCUGCACCAGCAACCUCGGCGCCAGUAGCCCCUGCACCAGCAGUCCCCCCGCCAGCAGCGCCUGCACCUGCAGCCACUUAUGUGACAGCCACUGGCGGCUGCCAAUGGCGCACACUGACUCAGCCGUACCAGUACCAGGCUUAUCCGCUCCAGCGCACUGUGCCGGCGCCGUCAGCAGCUGCGGCUGCAGCUGCGCUGCCUCUCCAGCGGGCAUCGCUGCCUGUGCCACAUCCCCAUUCACAGGCAUACAGGCUCACCACACCGGCCACGCAACAGCAGUCUCGGCCCGUCCUGCCACAAGCCCCUUUCCAGCUCAGCUCCGCCGCCCCUCACGCGAUGGCGAUGCAGCCUACUCGACCAGGCCUUGGGGCUGCGGAAGUGGCGCAAAGAGCUGCGGCCUGGUAUCCCCUCCCCUGA